UUUCCGGAAGAUCUCGCGAUAUCUCCCCUUGGCAACUGUGAUGUUUACCCUGGCUACCAUACUCCUGCUAGAUACAAGGACUAAUUAAGUUUCUUUGCCUUCCUUCACCACAAGAUUGCCACUCGUAUGCAGUCGCCUGAUAGAAGUGAGCUUUGGUGCCCCGGCCAGUCUCUGUGGAGCCUGAUUGCUGAACAUGUUGCCUGGUCAGAGUUACCAAAGAUCCAUUCAGCAUUGGGCAACUCUCUGGUUAACAUGUAUACAGAGGUGCACUCCGAGGCGGAGAUGUGGCACAAGAUGUGGCAAGAGAGCCAUCAAGGACACAAUAUCAGCAGGGCAGGGACCCCUCUCCCACAUCAGCAAGGCUCUGCUCUAGCUGACCCCCCCGCAGUCAAAGAGCUGGUCAGAGCCGAGGUCAAGAUGUUACUACAGAAUCUCAGAGAGAGAGCCAGCAGGGUCGAGAAAGAUGGUGAGGAGGUUGUUUUUCAGUACAAACCUGAGACGGUGGACUAUGCUCUGCGUCACCCUGGCAGCUGCUACAGAAACUGUACCAGCCCUGAAGAUACUGAUAAUGGAAGCAGACCAAGCUCUUGCUGUUCUGUCCGGUCCAAGGCUGAAGUUGAAAUUGAGGCAAUGAGAGACAAGCUGACUGUCACUAACAUUGACCAAGUGGUGGACCGCCUCAAGUCCAUCCUAACCGAGGAAUGUGAAUCAUUGAACAGACUGGUAAAGCAUUUAAAGGGAAAUAUUAAACAAAGGUGUCUGAACAAAUGCGAUAAAUCAGAACCUACACUUGCAGAGUUGAGAGAGCUUAGACAAGCUAUACAAAUGGACUUGGAGCUCUACCCCUCAUCAUCUGCUGCUUCACUGCCAGCUUCCUUUGCUGUACCUUUGAAGGAAUUGAAAAAUGGGCCCAGACUGUCAGCAGGACAAAGGUUUUCUGAAGAGGCUCUGCAAGAUAUAAGCUGUACGUCAGUCCUAAGACCACAUCCACCUCCUCCUCUGUGCCAUGCUAAACCCAAGCCACUGUUCAGGACUCCUCCCACCAAGACCUCUGCAUCAGUCAGACUAAUUAACAGCUCUUCACUGUCUCUGACUCAUGGACAGCACAGAAACACAUCAGUCUCCACUGGACCUAAGAAGACACAGUCACUUAUGGCCACCUCCUCUGGACAUGCAAACAGCCACUUCAGCACUUCACCUCCAGGGCCUGCCAGUGACCAGAUAAUGAUUAAAACCACGCACAACUGCAGUCUCUCUCCAGAGCAAAAUAGUGAUGGCCUCCACCGCAGGAUACCGCCUCUUAGUGCGAGUUGUCAAAUAAAAUCUCCACAAAUCUCAACCAUCCACGAACCCCAUCCAUCAGCCCAUCGCAGAAUUCACAUCCCAAGCAGAGGGUGUGAUUUGUCACCACAGACAGAGAGAAAAAGCAACCCAGCCUGGAGGUCAAGAAACAUCAAUACUAUCCCCUCACUCAUUCCUGCUGUCAGCCCUCACUGUGAUGCAGACAGUUACAGUAGCAGCAGUACUGACCACUCGACUGGGAAGUCAGAUUCAAAAAACAGUAUCUGUGGAGGCGGUUUAGCGUCAGCAACAGUGCAGGCACAUAACGACAGAAGGAAGGGCACCUCUGAGGGUUUUCCUGCUUGUGCUGGCAGUAGGAAGAGCAACACUGGAUUUGAUAGAAAUAAAACUGGUCAUCAUGGGAAGGAUGUCACCCAGCAGCAAAGCUUAUUAGCAACUGUUUGACAGACUGCUCCUCACAUCACUCAGAAGGAACUGAUACUACCUAGAGACUGUGUCUGGCCUUUGCAGUAUUUUCUAUCCAGCAUGAAUUCAAAUGAAUUUGAACUGUGUUAUCACCAGAAAAUAACUCAAGUGCCUGUAGGUUUGCAGUGAUUAAGUACAUGUUUGAACAGUUCCUGUUGUGAAGAAAGGCAACAGCAGCAGCCCGCUUUCGUGAAAAACGGAAAUAACUCUACAAACCACAACGUAGUGCAGAUUUUCAUGAAGAUGUCUAUCUUACAAAUCUGACUGGUGCACAAAAUAGAAAAGUCAGGAAGAUGUCAUUUGAAUAUUAAAGUGUAAAAAUCAUGACUUGAAUCAUAGGUCUACAUUUAGAUUUAUAUUUGUUUAACUUGCAUUAUUUAACUGGAGAAAGGUUAUUUUCUCAUAUGGUCUUUGAGCAAUGGUCUAAAAUCUGAGGUCCAAGGGUUUAUUGUCUGCCUUUAAA